AUGUCGACCCUUCUUCCGUUUCUGUACCGGACCCGGACGCUGCGGCAGGCCCUCGUCGCGAAUGCCCUGCCCGGCCUCGUCCGACACGUUCACGCAGGCAGCAGGAAGCGGGACAACUCGAUUCCCUUCGAAUGGGAUCCAGACUUUCCUCAGGACGAGCUCCUCGAACAGCAGUCGACCAUCACGCCGUCCGAGGCGGAGGUCUUCAAGGGCAUUUUCGACGAGAUUGCCCAAGGUCACAUGCCGGCGGUGAAGAAGCGACCCUCGGCCGGUGCCAGCACGCAGCCUGCUUCGACCAACUCGACGCCGUCGCCGACGCCGACGCCGACGGGAAUGGCCCGCUCCAUCGUCGAGCAGGCACGCAUCACCGAGUUCCGUGAAAAGUUCCUCCGAAAGUACCCAAAGUCCCUGCGCAACGCAGCCCAAGUCGCCCUGGGCCUGUACGAGCUGGAGCCCGUCGGCGCCGCCGGCCGGCAGAUGCUGCAGCUCGACGAGGCCGACGAGGAGAAGUGGCGGGAGCGCGCACGGUACGAUCGCAUCCGGGCCGAGGAACGCGAGAGGGUGGAUGCCCUGAUGAACGGCUGCCAUACCGACCUCGCCCUGUGGCAGGUCAUGGAGAGGGACGUGUUUUCCCUACCCGAGAAGCUGGGCAUCGCGCCGUCGGCGGUCCCUCCGCCAAAGGGCAAAGGGAGCAAACGAGGAAAGGCGAAGGCGACGGUGCAGGCGACGGUGCAGGCGACAGCAGACGCGCCCGCAUGCCAGCCGCGAGCGGAUGAGACGCACAUCAUGGACGUCCACGGCCCGCUGUAUCCUCACUUCCUCAGUGCCGGCCUUGCCCUCUUCGACACGGCCUUUGCACGCUCCUCGCCCUUUGCCUUUCAGAUCCUCCCUCGCGUCAAGGCGCUCGGCCUGCCCUCGUACGUCCUCGGCGUCUCGGCGCCGUUUUACAUCCGGCUCGCUCGCAUGUACUGGAGCCAGUUUGGGGAUGCGGCGUCGGCCAUCGACGUGCUCCGCGAGAUGAAGUCGGCCGGCCUUUACACCGACGAGGCCAACGACCUGCUCGCCACCAUCCGAGACGACGUGCACGCGUGUACGUGGGGGGCGCAGGGACAGUUUGUCAUGGCCAUGAUGGAGGCCCCGCCGUACGAUGGCCCCUUGACCCAACGGCUGGACGACCUGGAGCGGGAUGCGAGGCGGGCGCUGUUCGAGACUGCCGCGUAG